AUUUUAGGUUAAUUUCCGUUAGGUUUCCUUAGGUUAGGUUACAUUUAUUAUAUUACUACAAAACACAAUUAUGUCCACAGCAUAACCCAUCUAAUAUUGGCCAUUUUUUUAAUUGUGUUAAUGGUAUGCAAUACGGACAAGUAGCAGGAACAAUGGGGAAAAAUACAAUCAACAACCAAAAGAAAAAGUUGGCAAAACUACGCAAAAAAAAUGCAGCAAAACAAAAUUUAGGGUCACUGUCAAUUAAAGAUCUUUUAAGACAUGCACAGGAACAAAUAGAUAUUUUUCAGUAUGAUAAAGCUCAGAAAUUUUGUCAAGAAGCCUUAAAGCGAGAUGCAGAUAAUGUGGCUGCACUGGAGAUAUCAGCCAGCUUGUGUCUUGAAGUUGGGAAUUUGGAAGGAGCACAACACUGCUUGGGACGAGCCAUUACAUUAAAACCUGAAGAAGGUUAUGAAAAAUAUAUGUCAAUGGCACAGUUACUGAAUGGUAAAGAGUCUCUCCAGUGCUAUCAAAAGGGCAUUGAGCUGUUAACAAAGGUAAUUAGUGAUCUUCAACAAUCUGUAAAAGAAAAUAAGGAAGUACAUUCUGAAAAUAACUUGACAGAUGUUUCAGUUCAAGAAGAAAUGGGCACAGAACAAUGUGAAUCACAGGAUGAGAAUAAAGAGACAUCACUAACCAGAGUUACAAGGACUAAAAAUGAACCAAUUCCAUCGUGUUCAUCAGUUGAAGAACGACAAUCAAGCUUUCUUCAGGAUCUUUCUUCUGCUCACUGCUCCAUAGCAGAAUUGUACAUGACGGACUUGUGUGAUGAAGAGGAUGCAGAGAAUCUGUGUCAUGCCAGUAUUGCCAGUGCCAUUGAAGUUGACCCCAGCAACCCAGAGGCUUAUCAACAUAUGGCCAGUUUUUUCUUGGUGAAACAAGAUGUAGAUGAAGCAAAGGUACAUAUACUAAAAUCAGUAAAACUCUGGUUACCAAAAUAUAAAGAAGUGGAUGAAGGCAAGGCAGCAGCAGGCACUUUUGACCCAGUAGAGGUGUGCCCCUUGUCAUAUACAACACGGCUCAAUACAGCAAGAAUUCUCAUAGAAGUAGAAGACUAUGAGAAUGCAGUGGAAGUUCUUGAAGGACUAUUAGAGGAAAAUAAUGAAAUUGUAGACACAUGGUACUUGCUAGGUUGGACUUCUUACUUGCAAGGAGGAGAACAUAUGGAUUCAGCAAAGUACUACCUCCAUCAGGCCAUGAAGGUACAUAACACAGCUGGUAGUGCUGAUGUGCAGUUGAUUGAACACGUGAAAGAAUUAACACAAAAGCUUGGCCCAUACACAGAAGAUGAGUCAGUGAAUGAGGCAGAAAUUGAAGAUGAGCUUGAGAGACACUUAGAUGAAGGCCUGAUACAAGAAGAUGAGCAAAUGGAUACCAACUAAUUUUCUUCACCAACUGAUUUGCUCUUGCUUUAUUUCCACAAAUUUUUAUAACCAAUAUGUAAUUAUGAGUUAAUAGCCCUUUUAAUUAAAUAUUUUGUGAAUAAAAUAUAUCUCUUAAUGGGAUAUUCAAAGUUAUUGGUGUAAUAUAUAGUACAGUAAUUAAUUAUAAUUAUUAGUAGCCCACCAUCGAGUUUGAAUAAAGAACAGUAUUGGGGUAAUAAAAACACUUUUAAUAAUUCCUUGAAUUAUGACAAAGUAGUAACUCAAAAUCAUUCUUAGCACUUACGAACUUUUUUUCACCUUAAAAUGGCAGUAUUGUAUAAGAAACUUCUCUAUUAUAUAGCCACUUAAUUUCUUAAAUCGUGUCUUGAUUCGUUAGGCUCUCACUGGUGUGGCUGUAUACUUAUGCAUAUGUAAAUAUGUGUGUGUGCAUAUGUAUAUGUGCAUGUAUGCAUGUGCAUAUAAGUGUGUGUAUAUAUGUGUGUGUUUGCAUGUUCUGUACCUGUUUAAAUCUUUGCAUAUGUAUGCCUGUAGUACAGUGGACCCCCGCAUAACGAUCACCUCCGAAUGCGACCAAUUAUGUAAGUGUAUUUAUGUAAGUGCGUUUGUACAUGUAUGUUUGGGGGUCUGAAAUGGACUAAUCUACUUCACAAUAUUCCUUAUGGGAACAAAUUCGGUCAGUACUGGCACCUGAACAUACUUCUGGAGUGAAAAAAUAUCGUUAACCGGGGGUCCACUGUACUUAUAAAUUUGUAGUGUAGGGAAGGAGGGGUAGGGGUCAUCCUAGGAAAGGAUGGAGGGAGGAGGCAAAAGAGGCUUUGUGUGCAAGGGGCUUGGACAUGCACCAGGCAUGUGUGAACAUGUUAGACAUGAGUGGAGAUGAGUGAUUUUUUGGGACUUGACAAGCUGUUGGAGUGUGAGCAGGGUAAUAUUUUGUGAAGGAAUUCAGGGAAACUGGUUAGCUGGACUUGAAUUCUGAAGGUGGGAAGUACAAUGCCUGCACUUCAAAGUAAGGGUUUGGGAUAUUUACUGUUUGGAGUGACAUCUGAAUUGUCAUGUCUGUGUACCUUUGCAAAGACAGUGAUUAUGUGUGAAUGAUGGUCAAAGUGUUGAAUGAUACUGAAUGUGUUUCUUUUUUGGGUCACCUUGCCUUGGUGGGAGAUGGCCAAUGUGUUGAAAAUAAAUACAUACAUGUACAGUGGAAUCCCAGAUUUCGCACGCACCGGAUAUCAGACGUUUUGGAUUUAGAACACUUUUUUGGGCAAAAUUUUGCUCUGAAUUUCGUGCCUUCUCCCGGAAAUCGUACGUAUCAGAUGUGUCCGCCCACCAGGACGCCGCCUCAGUCUAGCUCUGUCACUGGUUGAGUGAGCAUUCAUCCGAAACAUUUCGCAAUUUUUGUGCUUGUUUAUUGAUUGGGCCCAAACAAAGUUCCUAGUGCCAGCCUUUUGGUAAAGAAAGUGAGAAACACGAUAGAAUUCAAGAAGGUGGCGUACGUGUAGCCGAGCUUGCCAGGAUGUGUGGCUGUAUUUGAAGGGGUUGAGGCUGACCCUGUUGACCCUAUGCCUGUUGUGGAAUGUAUUCUGUCUUUGGGGAAGUCCAUGGGGUUGGAUGUGAGUGGCCAGGAUGUGGAAGAGUUGAUGGAGGACUACAGGGAAGGGCUAACCACUGAAGAGCUGCAAGACCUUCAACUGGAACAGCAACAGAUUGCAGCUGAGGAAUUUGCUUCAGAGAAGGAGGAGGAGAGAGAGGAGAUGCCUUCAGUGAUUAAGGACAUUUGUGUAUAGUGGAAUGAGGUGCAAACUUUUGUUGAAAAAUAUCACCCUGACCAAGCUGAUACAAGCCGUAUCUGCAACAUGUUCAGAAUUUAGGCAAAUCUUAGAGAUACCAGAAACAGAACUCUCUGGACAGAUUUUUAGUGUGACAGUGGCCCAGUGCCAGUAAAAGACAAAGAAGGGAAGUAACCCCAGAGAGGGCUUUGAUACCUGAAGUCCUUAUGGAGAGGAAUUCCGAUUCCAAACAAUAACCUCAACUCUCUCUCCCCUCCUUGCCUUCUUCAAUAAGCCAACAAGAAUCUUCAAUAAGAGUAUGUAAUGUUUAUUUAUCAUUAAAAUUAGUUUUAUAUUUAUUUCUCAUUGUUUUCUGUAUGUAAAACUAUUUACCUGGAGUU